UUGCGUGACACGUGAACUCCAUUUCCCAGAAGCCCUUGUCGUAGUUUCCCGAGUCAUAUGAUCACCUCAGCUGACAAGACGGAUUCAGGAUGGUUACCAGGAAAUCACUAUAAACUGUUUAUAUCCGCCAUACAACUUGGGAAACACUGUCUCAGACGUACAUUUCUUAUAGGAUCUGCCAAGGAGCUUCACGCAACGAGUUUUAACAUCCGAAGAUACAGUCAUGUCUCCGGAAGGGAAAAGGCUCCUCAAUAUUAUAAUCUUAGGGUUUGCUUUUAUGUUUAUGUUUACAGCUUUCCAGACCUGCGGCAAUGUGGAACAAACCGUGAUUAAGAGUUUCAACAGCUCCAAAUUCCAUGGGAGUGGAUAUACUAGCAUGUCCAUUAUUUAUGGGGUUUUCUCAGCGUCUAACCUCAUCGCCCCGUCUGUAGUCGCUGUAAUUGGCCCCCAAAUAUCAAUGUUCAUCAGUGGCUUGUUUUACAGUGCCUAUAUUGCUGUGUUUAUUUAUCCGUUAACCUGGUCCUUCUACACGGCUUCAGUGUUGGUUGGGAUAGCAGCUGCAGUGCUCUGGACUGCACAGGGAAACGUCUUGACUAUCAACUCUACAGACACUACCAUCGGGAGGAACAGUGGGAUAUUCUGGGCCCUCCUGCAGUUCAGUCUGUUCUUUGGGAACCUAUAUAUAUAUUUUGCUUGGCAUGGCAAAGCCCACAUUUCAGAAUGGGACACCAGGAGAGUCUUCAUCUCCCUGACAGUCAUCAGUCUUGUGGGCAGCUUCCUGUUCUUCCUGAUACGGAGGCCAGAGCCGGAGAGCGUGGCCCCUGACGGGACUGAGGCCCUCCUGCAGGCUGACCUGGGGGACAGCAGCAGUGGCAGCACCACCCCGUUAGCACAAGGAAGGAGUGCACAAGCUCUAGAUGCAUUCAAGAAAGCUGUCCAGCUGUCUGGCACAAAGGAGAUGCUGCUGCUGAGUAUUUCCAUCGCAUACACAGGUCUGGAGCUCACCUUCUACAGCGGAGUGUACGGGACCUGCAUCGGGGCCAUGAACCAGUUCGGAGAUGAUGCCAAGAGUCUCAUCGGACUCUCAGGCAUUUUCAUUGGCAUGGGAGAGAUCCUGGGAGGGGGGGUGUUCGGCAUGCUCAACACGCGCAGUCGUUUCGGGAGGAACCCUGUGGUGCUGCUGGGGCUGCUGACUCACUUUGUGGCAUUCUACCUCAUCUUCCUGAACAUCGCGGCUGACGCGCCCAUCGCCCCCGAGCAGGGCACAGACCUGCAGGCCUUCAUGAUCCCCAGUGUGGAGGUGGCGCUCCUGUGCAGCUUCCUGUUGGGUCUGGGUGACAGUUGCUUCAACACCCAGCUCCUCAGCAUCGUGGGCUUCAUGUUCCCUCAGGACAGCGCGCCUGCCUUCGCCGUCUUCAAAUUCAUACAGUCCAUCAGUGCAGCAGUCGCCUUCUUCUACAGUAACUACCUCCUGCUGCACUGGCAGCUGCUGAUCAUGGUGCUGACAGGGUUCCUGGGGACGCUCACCUUCUUCACAGCGGAGCGGGUGGCCACGGCCAAACGCCACGACUCUGAUUAUGACAGCAUCUGAGCAGGCGUGGGGGCAAGCCAGUGAGCCACCAGUGUCUUGUUUCCCCGUCUCCAAACUCUCUCUCGUUUCACGAUUCUUCACAAACUCUGGUCAUUCUCAGUUAGUUGCACUGUACUGCUUAAGGACUCUUAUUCACCACUCACAGUCCCUGUUCCCAAACUCAGAUCUGUUAGAUAUUCCUCCAACCUUUCUACACUGUUGUGGACAUCUUUACAAAUAUCUAGAAUGGUUUCAUGAAAACUUGGUUUGAGUCAUAAAAACAGUAAGAUGAAAAUAUUCUUUCAAUAACAAGGGAGCACUUUAUUUAGGUUCCACAACCAUGACUUAGGCUGCUUGAAUCCAGUUCAUAAGAAACACAAACACUUUGGUCAGGCACAUGGGAACCAGGCACAUCGCUAAACAGGCAGAGAAGUCCAGACACAACCAGCUGCUCUUAGGUUCAUGUACCUUUAUAAAUGUUUACUAUAGAAAAAUCACAGCACAGUGAAAGCAUAGUAAAGCAUAUAUAAAGUUGGGUAAACUAUGGUAAAUGCAUAACAUAAAGAUGGGAGAAAACUACUGUGCACAUUUACUGUGGUAAACUUUUAUAAGGGGACACUUGAAGUAAUGAUAAGAUUUACUACUCCCCUAUAAUAAACAAUGGUUUCAGGACAUUUUCAUAUAUUCUUUUACUGUAAGUAACACUGUCAGUAGAUUUGUUAUCUGGAUAAUUCGAUUUAUAGGCUUUCUCUAUCACUGGUUUGCUAGUUCUCCAAAUGGUUUCUCCACAUUACUAAAUGUAUUGAACUUUCCGUACAGUACAUUCAAGAAUGUGCCAAAGCAAUACAUCAGGUUUGAAGGCUGGGGACACAGACACACAGUGGAACCAAAAUGAUUACACACUUACUCCAAAACAACUGUUUCAAGCCUGUGUUAUAACCAAGGUUUUAAAACACAUUCCCCUAACCUUAAUGAACUUCAGUACCAUUUUCACUGCACCCUCAUCAUUGUGGAGCUGAACCUUGAAAUACUAUCAAUACUAUAGAGCAGCCCUCGUCUCCAUGUUAGUCUGCAUCUAUUGCCGUUCCCCAUGAAGAUACUGUGGUAUGGUACAAACUGGCGCAUACAAAAGGCUAAGGAAACUGUUUUGGAGUUGUUCACAGUUGUUCAAGAUCAUACGGUUUUGCUGAAAACAUUGGAAAUUAAGUUAAACUACACAAUGAUUUGAGAGCAGUGACGCUAAUUAAAGGUAUGGAAAAUAUUUAAACUGUGGGGAACUUGAAAUUGUUGCUGAUUUUUUUCUUUUUUUUUCUUUGAGAUUAUCUCAUCUGUUUUUUAUUUUCAUCAAAAGUAUUUUUAGUUGCAUGUUGUAAGACUUUUUCAAUUCUAAUAAGGAUGUUUAUUAUGCAUCCAAGCUGCUAUUGGAUUGAGACCAGGGCUGCGUCCUCAUUUUUUUACACGCAUACUACAAAUGGGUGAAAACAAACUCCUAGACAUGAAGAGAUCCCCAACCCCUACAAGAUGGCCAGACAGGUGCACUUCUCAAAGGGGUAGCCAGGGGGCACUAUAAGACACAGUCCUUAUGUAUAUACUUACUAAGAGUCAGGAGGCAGGUGAAUGUGUUUACAUGCUGUUAUUCUGAGCUUAGGAAAGAGCGAGUCCCCUGUCAAUUAGAAUUCGAAAGACUGCUCACAAUGAGGUAUUCCAUCUGCAAAAAAACACAGCCUGUAAAAGUCUGUUUCAUCUGAACUGAACUCAAGCACUGUCAGAUACCAACUGGUUUGUAAUCUAAUCUGUAACUGGAUGUUACACAGAGAUCGUUCUUUUAAGAAACGGGAAGUUUGAAUAUUGUCAGACUGUCAAAGUGUUGUGUUGUGUAGCAUGUUUACAGUAGCUAACAGGUCUGUAGUUUGUUUAUUUGUAACUAUUUGCUUUUUGCACAUCAGCAUUUUUUUUCUACUGAUGAAAACCUAAGAGACUUCGAAACUUUUCCAAUUCACCUCUGACCAUUGAUGGUAAAGUAAAACAAAUCAUUUGACUUGUAGGUGUCCAUGAAGGUAAAGACUAACUUGUUUAAUGUGUUGCAGAAAAAGCAGUUGAACUGAAAUUAGUUAUAUGCUUCAUAAAUCAAAUUGCUAAAGAAUAUAAAAUGCAAUAUGCAGCAAAGAAAGGAUUUUUUUAUAAGGACAGAUUUGUUUUAAUACAUUGUUUUCUAUAAUUAAAUCCCAGCUAACCUUUGAUUAAUUUAAAACUGGUAUUAGGAUUGUGGCGCCGUAAUUGAAAAUUAGUUGAUUUCUUCAACAUGUGGGAAUAUCUCAAUGUGUGCAAAUAUCUUCCUUUAUAUGGAGCCAAAUCUACCCAUGUGCACUAUGGGCUGAUUUGUAUAAUCAGAACAUGCUCUGUGGGGACUCCAAGCACUCCCCAUCUCGACCAUUAGGAGUCACUAUGACUCAAAAGGAAACAUUGCAAGUAGAAGAGUGGGCUGUUUAAGAAAGGAAUUGCAAUAUGUAGGAUGAAUAGGGAAUACUGCAAACUGUGAUUUGCCAUGUAUAUUUAAGUUGGAUACAUUUUUUAUGUCAUUGAUUAUAAUGUUAUGCAUUUUAAACGCAGAGAAUUGUAUCAGCUUUCUAGAUUGAUUUAAAGUUGCUCCACUUUUGGGCUAGAUACAUUGUUUUUACUUUAUGUAACCAUAUUUUUUUAUAUAAAUCUAUUUCACAGUGUUGAUUUAAUUGUAAAAGGGAAUCCUUUCAAUUCUGCAUUCUGUUCCACCUAAUGAAAAACAUGUUACACAUGUAUUCCAAAUGUUUUUGUUGGCUCUGCUCCAAUAAAUAAUAUACAAAUA